GGCCUCCUCCGAGCCUCCAACUACUCAACCCAUCAUCUUUCAAGUCUCGUAUUUAACGACCUUGGGUUGGGCUCUCCUCACAUUAGAGGUGGGUUUUGCGCCUGAUUUCUCCUCCUCUGCUUCUUGUUUUGAUCCUCUAGGAGAUAUUGUUUUGCAGAUCCAGAGUCCAUUUCUUUCUCUUUCUAUUCUCUCUCAUUUGAGCCUUUUAUCACAUCUUGGAGAUGAAGGUCACGGUGGUUACGCGGAGUGGUAGAGAGCUCAUCAAGGGCGGGCUUGAGCUCGAUGAGUCGGCUACUGUGGUUGACCUGCAGGAGGCAAUUCAUCGGCGAACCAAAAAAUACUAUCCCUCCAGACAGCGGCUAACCCUACCCCUCCAACCGGGCUCAAAGGAGAGGCCUGUUGCACUUAACUACAAAAAGAGUGUCAAAGAUUAUUGUGAUGGAAACUCAGGCAACUUAACUGUAGUGUUCAAGGAUCUGGGUCCACAAAUCUCCUAUAGGACACUUUUCUUCUGGGAGUACUUGGGUCCUCUACUCAUAUAUCCCAUCUUCUACUUCUUCCCUGUUUACCAGUACUUCGGUUAUAAAGGGGAGCGUCUCAUCCACCCAGUUCAGACGUAUGCCUUGUACUACUGGUGCUUCCACUACUUCAAACGUAUCAUGGAAACCUUUUUUGUGCAUCGGUUCAGUCAUGCAACUUCACCGCUCUCUAAUGUUUUCAGGAAUUGUGCUUAUUAUUGGACCUUUGGCUCUUAUAUUGCUUACUAUGUGAACCACCCACUUUACACCCCUGUUAGUGACCUCCAAAUGAAAAUUGGGUUUGGGUUUGGGUUGGUUUGUCAGGUUGCAAACUUCUAUUGCCAUAUCUUGUUGAGGAAUCUUCGAAGCCCUGAUGGAAAUGGAGGGUACCAAAUUCCUCAUGGGUUUCUAUUCAAUAUUGUGACAUGUGCAAAUUACACAACAGAGAUUUAUCAGUGGGUGGGCUUCAAUAUUGCAACACAGACUGUUGCGGGCUAUGUCUUUCUUGUUGUUGCUGCUGCUAUCAUGACCAACUGGGCCCUUGCAAAGCACCGUCGUUUGAGGAAGCUAUUUGAUGGAAAGGAGGGAAGACCCAAGUACCCACGCCGAUGGGUGAUACUACCCCCAUUCCUGUAGAAGUGGGAAGCAGGCCUGCCAUUCGGUUAGUCUCUUUUCAUUCAAGGGUCUGGAUUCACAGCAUGAUUUGGGAUCCUUGAAGGUCAAUUCUUGUGGAAAAUGAACUAAAAAGAGAUGACAUUCAAUGCCUGUUUUCUCUUGGUGAGCUUAGUUUUCUAUUUAGACAGUGUAAUCCAUUUGAAUUUGUUCCCAUCCUUGGGAUCCUACUUGGGGGAUAUUCUCUUAUUUCUUCUUAUCAAAUUAUCGUUUGGACAGUUCUACAUCUA